UCGGUAUGAAUAGCAGUAACAUCAGCGUCCACCGCGCAGAGACAGAGACAGGACAAACAAUCGGCUCACCAGCAAGCAGCAGACGGGACAAACAGUUUUUAUGUCUGUUGAACAAGUCUCGUUACUUCGAUAAAGGCGAGGAACCUGUGGUCUAAUCUCUACACCACAACCGCUGGACUUUAUCCACUAACCGAUGCGGUUAGCUAACGGAGACAGUGAAAUAGCUCCGCAGUGAUUUGCGCCUCUCUUUUGGCUGGAUGGUAAAGAUGGUGAAGUAUUAAAAGUUCCUCCCGCUUUGUUUAUUCUUCAACUUUACCCAGCGCUGAGUUAUCCCAGCUGCCAACAUGGCGAAUGUCAAACAAAGACGCAGCAAAACUUGCUUGUUAAAGUCGCUUGAAUGGCAUAUUACCCAGCUAGUUUACCCAAGAUAAACAUUGUUGGACUGGACGGUUCUUGUGAUGGCAGUUGUUGUGAGAGCAGCCCAGCUGUUGGGAACUACUGCUGGAAUCCUUAUCAGAGGAGCUUUUUAGGGCUGGAUUUUAUAACCACCCGCAGCUUCCUCCGGGUUAUUUAAAUCCAACUGCUGCUGGUCCCCCUGCGGUGAUUUUUAAGAGGGGACCCCAACAUGUCAGGGGCCACUACGGUGCAGCUCUUCACCAAGCUUGUGAAGCACUCGUUGGGCAAGACCCAGAUCCAGCUGAACCGCUGGCUGCAGAGGACUGCCGUGGAGGAGUGUGAUAAAAUAGACAUCCUGAUCUGCGGCGCAUUUGAUGAGAGGCCGACCGGGAAGUCAGAUGGAGACCCCGAUAUUGUCACCGACACGGCGGGGACAUCCUUCAGCGGGGAGUUCAGACACCCAUGCUGCAUCACAACCUUCUGCUUCAAAAGCGCCCUGCUGCUCUGCAUCCUGACCGCUGUCUGCUUCUCCUCAGUGGCACUAGUGCGUCAGUAUCUCAAGGACCUCCUGCUGUGGGUGGAGAGCCUGGACAGCUUUGUUGGAGCCUUGCUCUUCAUAGUUGGUUUAAUCGUGGUUUCAUUUCCUUGUGGAUGGGGAUACAUUGUCCUAAAUGUGGCAGCGGGCUACCUUUAUGGCUUCAUCCUGGGCAUGGGACUGGUUAUGGUUGGGGUUUUAAUAGGGACCUUUGUGGCACACCUGGUGUGUAAGCGGUUAUUGUCAGACUGGGUACUGAACAAAGUUGGGAACAAUGAGCAGCUCAGUGCUGUUAUACGAGUAGUGGAAGGAGGAAGCGGACUCAAAAUUGUGGCCUUAGCAAGACUCACCCCCAUACCAUUUGGACUCCAAAAUGCAGUUUUUUCGAUCACAGAUGUGUCCUUGCCAAACUACCUGGUGGCCUCCUCCGUUGGUCUGUUGCCCACUCAGCUCCUCAACUCCUACCUGGGCACCACCCUGCGCACCAUGGAGGACGUCAUUGCUGAGCAGAGCAUCAGCGGCUACUUCGUCUUCAGCCUGCAGAUCAUCAUCAGUAUUGGCCUGAUGUUCUACGUGGUUCACAGAGCUCAGGUCGAGCUGAACGCCGCCAUCGCUGCCUGCCAGAUGGAGCUCAAGUCUACGCACAUGAACGGCUCUUCCACCAAUCACAGCGGCUUCUCAUACUGCAGCAAGAGGGCGACAUUUGGCAGCGGAAACUGCAUCAAUGUGGUGUGACGUCAAGUGGCUACGCAGUAGGACCUUAAGGCUCAACUUUUAAGACUAGAGAUUAAAAAGGAACCCACAGAGUUCUGGAGUCCUGAGCAAACUGGUGGCGACAUUUACCAUUUGUUAAUCAUAUUACAGCUGGAAUAAAACCCUGAAAGGGGCUUCGUUCCCUAGAUCCUUUUUGUCGACACAUUUGGACCAUGAUGGGACCACGCACCUUUUUAAAAAAAACAUGGUGCAGUGAAAAUUCUCUUUUGGUUCGUCAUCCUAAGUCCUUUAUUUGUUGAAUUUGUGAAGGUACCUCUUAUCUGCUGUUACAGGAGAUGUCAACUAAACUUUCAUAAAUGUUAGGGGUGGCAUGAAACAAAACUAGGCAACAACCACCGAAUGGUGUUUUUAUGAAUGUGCAAUCUGGAGCUUUCUAGAGAACCAAGGAAUCAGUUUUCUGUUGCCAACCUAUGCACCUUUUACUUCAUACGGUACUGUUUUCGUUUAAUUUCAAGUGACUUCGUCUUCACCCAGUGCUUAUUUACAGGAAAAUAUUAAGGGCAUUAUUUGUACUUAGAAUAACUUUUGCUUUUGUUGUUAAUGGGUUUUUAGUCUCUUCAUUUGGAAAAGCUCUUCUGCCGGUUUAUUACCGCCCCUGCUGAUUUGGUUGGGCUGUUGGAAGAAGAGCAGCUUUCCCCGUAGGAAACUCAGGAAUGCCUCUUAAUUUAAGUUUGAAGCCAGGGAAAGAUUCCUGCUUUGAUUUAUUUUUCUGAUAAUUUCAGGAUUUCAUUUUACAUCUUUGUUUGACUUUUUUUUUUCCCCAGCUGUGAGAUUAAGGAAAUAAUUAAAAUUAGUUAACAUAAAAAAAAAAAUUAUUUAUUUUAGUAAAUAAAUAUAUGUAAAGUGAAUCCGUUACAUUUCAAGUGCUUGUUUUUGUUAAACGAAUUGUGGCUAAAAGUUGAUAAAUACUUAAAUUUAGUUUCUCAGAAAAUUACAGAAUAUGAACACUCAAAAAAAUGUUUUUUUUAAUACAGAAAUGUUUUCACUUAUAUAGAUACACUUAGCAUAAACAGAUCAAUACAUGUAAAAGCCAGCUGCUCACACAGGGCUUUGUCCAAACUACUAGAAAGUUGAGUGAAAGGAAAACAUAUCUUCAAAAAAAAGUUUAAAUUUAGACUUAAUUUCCCCAACAGGACUUGAUGGCUACCCACAUUGUCAAAUGUACCAAUGUGUAGUUUGUUCGGCCAGUAGGCACUUAGCUUGGUUCGUUUGCAAAGGAUUGUUUCCAUAACCAUAUAAAGAGCCUGUGGAUUAUUGCCAAUUUGGGGAUAUUCCUUUAAUUAUGCUUGGAUACAACACUAGCUAGAGCUUAUUUUUCUUAGCAACGCCCCUUUGAAUAUUUACUUUGAUUGUGAAGAUUGUUGGGCAACUGACCAUUCAGCAUUAUUUGCUGGUUCGCAUAACAUUUCUGUGUUAAAAACGUUUUUUUUUUUUAAGUCAUAUGCAAUGAUAUAGUUGACUGAAAAACUAUACUUUUCAUUUUGAUUAACUGUGCUUUUAUCACCAACAUCAAAAUAAAAA